AUUAUGGAUUAAAAAGGAGAUGAUAUUAUGGAUGAUAUUGCUGAAGCCCUUGAUGGAGAGCACAAGCUUAAUCUAACAGCUGAUCAAAAUGAUGAUGAAGGUAAUUAAAACUAUAUCAGAAGACGAGGCAAUAAAUAAGGAAUGCGAAAAUUUUCUAAAUUCUUUAAAGGGAGGAGAAGGCUAAAAUGUAGGAACCGAUUAAUUGCUGAAGCAGUUCCAAGGAAUGAUGGGAAAUAUCCUAGAAGGAAUCAAUCCGGGCAACUAGUAGCUUCAAAUUAUUUAUUAAUAGGGAAUAAUAAAAGGCAUUUUAGGACACCUUUGAGAAACUAGAAUAGGCUCCAUAAUUUGAUGAAUUAGCUGAUAAAAUGUUAUUGUAAUUUAUGGAUAAAGAAGUUUUGGAGCAACCGAUGAAAGAAACCUAUGAAGCUUAUAACAAAUUUAUUUAAGUAUUAAUCAUUUAUUUUUAAGGAAAAUAAAAAUAAAUUGAGUGAAGAAGAAUUAUUAAAAUAUAAAAAAUAAAAAGACUGUGUGGAAAAGAUAAUUGAUCAAUUAAACAAUAAUCCUAAUGAUAAGGAAAAAUUAAUAUAAUUAUUUGAAAACAUGUAGGCUGAAGGAGAUCCUCCUUAAGAAGUAUUUGGAGGAAAUGAAAAUCCGUUGAACUUUUUGAAUGCACCAACUGAUGGAGCAUAAGGUGAACCAUGCAGUAUAUUUUGAAUACCAUACAGAUGUUAUUAAU